AUUCAUACAACCAACCAACGAGGACGACUAAUAACAAGGCCUGCCGAAAGACUCAACAAGUCAGUUCGGAGUGAGACGACUGACAGUAUGUGGUAGGUGGACGACGGAUAAAGUGAAAUUCCCAAGAGCGAACUUAGGGAUUCUUUGUCAAGAAUAUUGUCUCAAUUUUGUCCUGACAUACACAUGGACUAAUUUCAAGCUGUUGCCUGUCCCCAUCUUGUCAUGUUUUCGUGGUUAUUACUGCAUACUGGUCUUUCUGACAAGAUGGAAAGCAUCAUUAGAAAUUUUUUUGGUAUUUUUGAUCGCAGAGAGAGCGCAGCAUUUAAUCAUUUAUAAUGCUGGCUAUAAUAGAAAUUAUUGGUCGUGUAUUUCUGGGCUUUGGUGUGAGUAGUAUUAUAUUUCCGACUCACCAUCACCAAGUGUUUUCAGCCGAAAUGCCACAACAUGUAAAAACGCUGAUGAAUUCCAACUGCUCCACGAUCGAAGAAAGUUACUUUCCAUUAAUAAAAGUGCAGCACAGUGACGAAGUACAUAAUUCAAGCUUUGAGCUGAUUGAAUCUUCCGAUGUGGUGAAUGAACAUAGUGGUUUUCUAUUUUCAAUUACUUGCGUAGCCUAUUACCCUAUCGAAUGGGUUGUCAACUACUUUUCCAAUGGAUAUCCUAACGGAAAUUUUGGUUUACAUCUCCAAGUUCAUCGUAAAGUGAGCAAUUUCCGAGAUGCAUCAACGUACAGAUUUACCAUUAGUUCAAAGCUAAGAUACAAGAACAACCACGGCUUCAAAAACUUUAGUUUCUGCUGCCAAUCUGUUGAUCGACCUUUAUGUCUUCAUACCAUUUUGUACACCACCUUUGACGACGAGCACGAUGGAAAGAAUGGUGUUAAAGUCAAUAUUUUCCCAGGACCGUCCUGGGAAAAUGAAUCAAUCACUGACCUUAUCCCACACGAGGAGGAAGAUGUCGUGAAGGUGGCACCCUCAGACGAUCCCUCAUCUUGUGAUUUCAAAGUGUAUGGGAACAAUGUUGGACAGAAUCGCUACACUCUGAGAUGCGAGUUUGAUGAUGGGAUACCUGGGAUAGUGAAAAUUAUCCAUCAAUGUUCAAAUGCAAUCUCCUGUAUGACUUUCCAUCAACAACAUCAACAGCCCCUUCUGUCCAAGAAAUGCGCUGUAUCUCGGCCAGAAAACGUCUCAUGCGCCACCUGCCAUUCCCGAACGUUUCGGUUGGCUCAGGGAUUUCUUGCUUGUGUGCCCGAUGAUAAAGACAACCAUCACCAUCAUAAUUAUGGCAAACUCCUUUUCUUCUUCUCUUCUGUGCCCCAAGAAAGGCACAACCAUCCCAGCAAAUUGUACUUUGACAUGGACCAGGUGGAUCCCAACGAAAUGAUUUCACUGGCUAGAGUGAACAAGAGAGUUUCGCUGGGUGAACAAAUCAAUGUCCAAUGCAAUAGUUCCAGUUACUAUUUUGCAAACGGAGUAAAGUUUGGCGUAAAAUAUAAAGGGUCAGAGGAUCUCACAUACAUAAAAGCAAUUCCGAACCCGUCCAAUGGACCCGGAGCAGAAUACUUUCCAGGCAACAUUCACGAGGGUAAUAUUCCCAUUACGACUUCAACGGGUAGGAUUGAGCGGAUAUAUUGCUUCGCCCCAACAUGGAACUCAUUCUCUUGGGCAAACAAGUCGAUGGAUGUGCAAGGAGCUAUUAUUGCAGAAGAGAAGCCAUCACCACACAUCGCCAUUGCCGUCAGCAUCACCCUUCUUGUCACAACUUUAUUUUGCUGUCUCCUCUUCGGACUCUGCUGGAUGAAGAUUUUGCGGAGAAAGUUGUCAAAGUUUGGAAAGCUGCUUACUCCCCAAGAAAUAAAUGAAUUUAGAAGCCACUCAACAAUAUUUGAUACGGAUAAAAGUCACACUGAUUAUGAUUACAUCAACUCUGCUUUAAUGGCCAGCAAAAAUAAUGAUAUUUGCUACCUGGAAAUUCGAAGAGAGCAGCUACUCUUGGAUGAGACCGUUGUACUCGGGAAAGGCCACUUUGGGAAAGUUUUGAAAGGCGUAUACAAAUUCGAGAAGAAUGAGAAAAUGGACGUGGCUGUAAAAACCUUAAAGACCAAGACUGAUGUGGGUGCAUUGAAGUCAUUACUGUCAGAACUCAAGAUAAUGGCGACGGUGGGCAAGAACCUCAACGUUGUGAGCCUAAUUGGGGCUUGCACAAAAAAGAUGCAAAAGGGGGAAGUUUACGUGGUGGUCGAAUUUUGUGCUCUGGGAAAUUUGCAAAAUUAUCUGAGAGCCCAUAGGGACAAAUUUCAGAACCAGCUACAGCGUGACAUUCUGCUUGUUGAGGCACCCUACAGCGUUCACAAAUCUGAUGACGAUGAUACGAUAUUGUCUCUGGAUCUAAUCAAGUGGGCCUGGGAAAUAGCAAAGGGCAUGGAGUUUCUAACCAGCAAAAAGGUCCUGCACGGCGACCUGGCUACACGGAACAUUCUAUUGACGGCUGAUAAAGUGGCGAAAGUUAGUGAUUUUGGACUAUCGCGUCAACUAGUGGAUUACUACUAUGUGAAAGAGGAAUCGGACGUUGCGAUGCCGUGGAAAUGGAUGAGCAUUGAAUCCCUGCGCGACAUGAAAUUCUCUAUUCAUUCUGAUGUUUGGUCUUGUGGUGUAACGCUGUGGGAGCUCUUUACACUAGUGGAAACUCCAUACUACGGUUGCAGUUGGAGUGUGGACUUUGUGACAGCUUUAGAAGCAGGGCAUCGUCUAGGAAAGCCACAAUAUGCCACGUCAGAGAUGUAUGAUUUAAUGUUGGCCUGCUGGAAAGGAGAACCGACAGAGAGACCUUCAUUCUUUACAAUAAAAAUCUUUUUCGAAAAUAUUAUUACACAAUGUACCUAUCAGGACUACAUGCAAUUGGAUCUGUGUGCAACAGGGAGCCGUAGUCAGAAUGAUGGAAAUGAUGCCAGACGUUUUCUUGCAAUGACUCCAACAAUUGAGAUCGUCUCAGAUUGUGAAGUAGAAGAUGAUGUGUUUGAACAAUAAGUAAAUGAUGUUUAGUAAAAUACAACGAGGACUUUCAAUAAAAUCAGAUAAAUACUUGUAUAAUAACAACUAAGGCAGUAGAGCGAUUACGAUACGAUUACGAUACGAUUGGAAUUUUGAAAAAGGAGUUUAGCUUAUUUUUUCCAAUGUAUGUGCAUAAGUGUUAGAUAGGAUUUUAAGUAGAGGGGUUUAAACUUCUUUCGUUUAAUUUUUCACUUGUGAAUGAACAUUAACUCUGUGAAUCAAGUAUGCAAGAAAUUAAAUAAAACUUAUUUAUGUAAAGCUAUCAGUACAUAGCUCAAUUUAAUCCGAGUCAGUUAAACUACUAAAUAAACGUGGCUUUUUCCAUUAACUAGUAAACUAGUACAGCAGUGGGUCUUCCUCAUACGAUCUAUGAACAAUUGAAAACCAGCCUAUCUGAGGCAGUAUAGGAAAUUUAUAGCCCUUUGAGGUUACAGAAUUAUGUACACGAGAUAUAUCAGCCAGCGCUAUCUCAAAGAAUUUGUGAUAGAAAAAUAUCUUUGAAUAUUUCCUACCACAUCGAACUAACUAUUGUAAUUAAAAUGAGUGCUUCCUGGAUACGGGUUGAUUAACUGAAUA